AUGUCUAGACCCGAACCUUCAGAACCUACCUCGACGGGUUCUCCGCGCUUCGGCAGCUCUUCCUCGAAGGGAGCUACCUUUAACCAUGUUUCUCCGUCUGGACGCCCCCGGGAGCAGGACACAGCCACAUCAAUGUUGAGGACUACUUCAAAGGCGCUCAGUGUUGCAAGAGACGGUGAAGAUGGUGGAAGCCCAUCAUUCGGCUUACCAAGUCGUGAGAUCCCUUUUGCCCACAUGCGUGUGCAUUUCGACGACUUUGCAAAACAACUUCGUCUACAUCGACACCAUGAGUACCGGAAGCGAAUGCUCUACCAUCAACGGGACCGCUUACGAAACGCUAUAGCCCUCUCUGGCCGUUUACAGCGCGUAGGCUCAUGGGUGCAUGAUGGCUUGGUCCAGAUCUCUCAACAGUCGGAUCCGAGCGGUUUCACCAGGGUAUAUCAACACAUGCAGGAUCUGGUCAACCUCUGCCAUUCACAGUGGUAUUAUGAGAUUCAUGCCUCUGAUUCCACCUCUACCGUGACCUUCAAAACGCCCAUCAAGGAUUCCUUUUUUGCGAGGCUAUCACCUGCUAUCCAGGAGGAUUGUCUGGAACUCGUACAAACCUUGAGAAGUAAUCCUCGUUUUCUUAUCGAGAGAUUCAAGGCAAUGAACUCCGAACAGGUCAAGGGUCUCUCGACAUCGCCAAAAUUCAAAAAGCUCCCUGAGUCGGUCCUCGCAUCACUGUCACAAAACCGUGGUCGCGAAUCGCAGCGCAGACGUCCUAGAUCCAGUUAUAAGGACUUUGAGGAUGAAACACAAUUGAUUCGGAGCAAGGCAUAUUCCAAAGAGCUUGAAGAUUACGCAACAUCUUUUGAGCGGUCGAAUCCCUUAGCUUUUCUCAUUCACAAUGUGUAUGGCUCCACCCAGGACGUUUUGAAUAAAGAAAGCCAACUACGCUUUUCCACAUGGUCAACAAUUUGCGCGACUUUGCUGCUAGAGUCGGGGCCGACAUUCGAUGCGAUCAUUGGCGAGGUUCUGUCUGCAUUUGCACACUUGUACGAAUGGCAGAUCAAAGACCGCCUGGAAAUCUUCUUGAUGGGCAGUCUACAGCGAGGUGCCUUCCUAUAUAACUCUCUGGAGAGCGCUGCUACGGGUUCUCGGAUGGACAUCGGGUCCUUCGAUCCGUCUAACACUCCUCAAGCACAGGACUUCUUUGAUGCAGAAGUCAAAGAGCUUUUCCAAAUCUUGUGUUGUGAUGGAGGCAUACCCACAGGCGCACUAUGCUUGGGUCGAGCGAUCAUCGGGAGACUUCCCACAGUGGAGAGCCAGAGUGCUUUUCGCGGUCAAUUCUUCUUUAGGUGGUUCUUACAGGAUUUCCUGCGCGUCGCCAUCUCUUUUCCAGAGGAUGAAAAAAUGCUCCUUCAAUUCCACAUCAACGGCCGGGCUAGGUUUCAUUUACUUCAUAGGCUUUGGGAUCGAGCAGUUGCCCGUGCCACCGAGACCUUCAACCCAAUGGCUGCACAACAGGUCGAUCAAGAUAUUCAAAACUGUGUAAACGGAAUUAUCGGCCGAAUCUCUGCAGAUACCCAGUGUUCCAAUCCGUAUCGGUCUGAAACGCUUUCCAACACCAUUGCCGAGCCCAGUGGCUCGUCCUACAUCUCAAUCUGCGCAGCAGAUAUUGCUCACCUUCUGGAGAAGCUGAGACCGCAGGUUCUCCAUACCUCGAGUCCGUUUGGGCCGUUCUUGAGCUCCUCACAGACGACCUUCAACAUGCAAUAUUCCCGAGCCAGUUCCAAAUUUGAACGUCUGUGCAGACGUAUACUAGAUGUUAUCGAGCCUGGCCACUCGUCGAAGAACGUGCACCCACGGCAAGAAAAUUGGGCAUUGUUACUAGUUUCGGAGACAGGGAAGAUAUUGGCAUCAACAGGAUUGUUGACCAACGGGUCAACGAGGAUAGAAGGUCUAGGCGAACUUGAUCCAGCAGAGGACGCUGCCCUUCGCCUGGCAGACCAACCGACCGUCCUACGUAAUCGUCAAAUCGCCGACCAGAUACCGACCAAAGGGAUCGGCAACCUCAGCCUCACCGAAAUGUUUGCCGCCCAAGCGAAUACGUCUCAUAUAAAGACUGACAGCAUUACUUCAAUGUACUGGCACGAUGCACUCAAAUACUUGCGGAUCUGUUAUCCACUCACAGUCCUAACGGGUGACGAUACGAAGGUGCUUGGACCAUUAACUCAGAAAUUGAAGAGAUGUCGACAGGAGCUUGAGGAUGAAUGUCUGCAGAUGGAACAGGAAGUGGCGGCGCUCGCAGCUUCUUACACUCUCGCAAGAGAAGAUCUAUCCAAGGCCUCCGGAUGGCUUGAUAAACUUCGGAUGAAGCUGUGGUAUGAAAGUAACGUACUGACCUCCAAUGUUUACGACAAUGCAAGAAAUAUCACGGUUGCGCUGAACAACAUGGCACUGCCACCUCUUCAGAGGUUUGCUUCUGCUCAGCAACCAAACGUCUCACUGGCGCCGAGCCGGCCGGGCACUUCUGCGACAUCAGCCUCAUCCAUCUUUGAUCAACCUAGACUUGAUACCAUGACGAUCCUAAAAGCACCAGUGGAACAUGGUGGACCUCGAAAACUGUCCGAUCCACAGAUUGAGAAAACGAGAAAGUGGCUCGAGCGCAACCACGUGGAAAACUUCUGUCGAGGCGAAGAGAGAAUUCACCGAUUCUGCAUGGAGGUUAAGCUGGUCACCCGAAAACUGGUCGGGGAGACCUUGGCUGAUAGUCCUGUUCUCUGGGCCAGCGAACUGUUCGCAAGGGAGAAAUCUCUGUACGACAUUCAUGCAGUCUUCGGAGGCUAUCCGAGCACUAGGCCCCCAAGUGUGAUGAGUGAGCCGCUUUCAUCCACUUCUUUUCCAAUACGCACAGCAUUCUUGGGCUCAAGAACAUCGAUCUAUGGUGGCUCGAGCAGACUUGGAAAGGACGGUUUAGGUAGUGACAUGGCGUCGUUCAUCAGCUCACCAGGGCGAGCGACCACGUCCACGACUCUGGAGAGCAGCAUCUGGUCACCGGCCCAAUCAAACUCGAGGUCAGUCACCUCGGCCUCUGUACAGUCCAGGCCAGCUUCGACAUUCGAGGAUGUCACCCUAAGCCGACCCAUCGAUCGUGGCCAAGAAAAGGCGAGCUUUUUGGAGAGCCUGCGACAAGACCUAACCUCACUGUUGCUCUCGGAUCUCGGAUGCCCUGUGUGGAGCUGUGGAAGUGAAAGCGACACAUGGAUGAACGCAGCAUGGCAGACCCCGGGCAUUCUUGAACGGCUACUGCAGCGUACUGUGCUGGCUCAGCUGCUCCCUGCUCAAUCAGGGACUGGAGGCCCGAUGAACACCUCCCAUCCAGGAAGCCCAAGAAAACAAAAAACACGAUCUCAGAGUGCAGCACCGCUGCCGUACUCGCCGGCCAGGAAUCAUUCGAUCACUACCACAGGGUCACUGGAAAAACUGCUUAUCAGUAGCAAUGGUGAGCUGACCGCAGGAAGCUUCCCAUAUCUGACAGCAUUUGACGACGUCCUCGGCCGAGUGAGGGAUCACACGGAUCCCAUUCUGAAACUCCGGGCCAUUCGCGAUUUUCGAUUAUUGUCACAAGCUUUUCAGCAGAACCACCAAGAAGCCAUUCAGAAAGCUAACUCGGCGGCGCAAGAUGUCGACUCCCAGGACCCGACACGGCGACGCAGCCUCGACCCAAACGUGCUAUCACAAAAUCUAAAACGCCAACAUCGUCAGGGCAAACCCCAAACCCGAGGCGUGGCUCAGAACUCUGCAGGCGAGAGCGCCACUGUCCAGUUUCUGAAGGACCUUCUCUUUGUUCUUCGGCCAAAGACAAUCUUUCGGGAUCUGCAGUACAUUGCCGCAUUUGUAUCUUCGGAAACACUAGACGAUAUGGAGCUGGGCCCUGCAUUCCUCCACGUAGGAUUGGCAGCCUUGGCCUGGAAAGACGAGGUGUGUCGCGGCAUGGUCGAUGUGGCAGACCGAAUUGUUGCCAAGGACGCGAUCAAAAGAAACGUAUCAAGUGGUUCUCGCCGGGAGCUGUCGAUCCUCAAGGCGAUGGAGUACUGGAUCAUCGGCGCGCAAGAAGGCAACCCCAUUGCACAACGAGAGCUGGCAAGUCUAUAUCUCACCCAUCCGGAUGUGCCUCCAAUCGUCAGUCUCCCACUUGCCUUGUCCUCGGAAAUUUUCAAGCGUGAAAUGAGGUGGAAAGAAGAGGAGGAGGAAGAAGGAUGGCGCCGGAACAGUCAGGCGCUGUGCCUUGCCCUGCACUGGAUGCAGGAGGCUGCCAAAAAUGGGGAUUCUGUCGCGCAGACCAAACUGGAGGAGCGCGAGGCCGGCCGUUCAAUUCGAUGA